ACAGAUGUUUAAUUAAAUACCACAACAGCCCUCCCAUGAGCCAGAAAAGAAAGCGAAACUGGUUCUGCUAAAACAGCGAUAGCCUACAGAACUUUAAAUCGUUUCUAACGAAACACGACUAUGCUUAUUUGAGAAGAGCGUUUUAUUAUGACAUCGACGUAUUCUAGGAACUGUUUGCUGUAUUUUGAGGAGUUAUGAAAUUUUUAAGACCUUAAAGAUCUCUGAAUCACCAAAUGAUCAGCGCUAUGCUUUAGGUACGCUUAGAAAGACAACAUUAUCAAAGAACAUGGCUACAAGUAAUCACUAUGAGUGGCAGCUGUUUAAUGGAAAUCAGUGGGUUUAUAUCAAUAAUGAUUUUGUCAUUGAGACCCAUUACUGUCAGCCAGGAGCCAGUGGUAUCAGGAUCAACCUCAGUAUGGGGGCUGUCUACAUUGACUUCGACGAAAUGACAGCCGACGGACCUGAUGAUAAUCUUGCUAUACGGCGUAACACAAUCCUGUCCCUAAACCAGAAGCAGGAGGUCGGUUGGUACUACAAAGAUAACCAUCGCUGGUGUGAGUAUGGAUCUCAGGGAUGGGGUGGAAGAACAUCUUCGAUUGGCAGUGAUUUUAUUGAGCAGCACUUUAACAGCAACCCAAGCGGCUCAGUUCAGUUUACUGUAGGAAAUAUGACUUACAACGUGGACUUUAAUGCCAUGACUCAAACCAAUCUGUCCACAUACUUGACAAGGAAAGUGAGACGACGGCCAAAAUUCAACACAAUCGUUGCGAUCAACAACAGUUUUCAAAACAGUUCCCCAACUCUGGCAUCUCCUUCAACAAACCCAUCAAACUCCUCUCACUUCAUCUGGGAGUUUAUGGGGGAUGAGGGCAUUUGGACUGAGUACCAGAGACCAGGAUGUUCGCUGGACAGUGCAGAAAUCGAGAGGUUGUAUCAGCUCAACCCUCAGUGCCAAGUUUCCUUCACUGCCAGAAGAUUCUCUUACACACUUUACUUUGGCGGAAUGUAUCAAGUAAACGAUAGACUUGGUACAAGAAGAACAGUCAGAAGGAUCGCCAGUGGAAGCCAGCAGACAAACAAUGCAUUGUCACAAGCUCGCUGGCAGUUCAAAGACAUGGAUGGCAAAUGGAAGGAUUAUGCUAAAGGUGGAUCUCGAGGAAAGUGCAGUGUGUCAAGUCAAGAUAUUGAAGCUCAGUAUCAGCAAGACUCCACUGCCAUCAUGAGCUUCAGUGCAGGCAGAUUCAACUAUGAGCUCGACUUCUCAGCCAUGACUCAGACCAACCUGAGCACUAACACGGGGAGAGCCGUACGACGCCUUCAGCAAUAAGACUGUUGUUUACUUUUACUGAAGCUCUGUAUGAAUAAUCUCAGGAUGCCGGUUUAUGCAAUGUUUGCUGGCCAUGACUAAAAUAUGUUGAUAUGAAGUUUUUUUUAAAAGAAAUGAUGAUGUUUUUUCAUGCUAACUCAUGUCACGGGAUUUAUUACCUGCCAUAAAAUAACAGUCAGUAAUUAUGGUCAUUGUAUGUACUUGUUGUUUUCAGUUUUCAGCUUCUUUUUUUUUUUCAGUGCAUUAACUAUGAUUAGAAAACAAAAUUAUAUUAUUCCUAAUGGGUGUUUUUUCGUUUUUUGUUAACUGCCAAUUAAAUUUAUGAGGAAAAUUGUAGUUAAAUUUUAUUUGUUUACAUUAUUUAUGUUAAUCCUUAAUGAUGACCAAAGGGUUCUGACACGUUAUUGGUCAAUAAAUUUCCCUUGACUUUUCCAUGACUUCUGGUCAAGAUAAGAAUUAUCUUGUUGUUAUUCUGAUUAGAAUUACAGAUUUUCCUUUUUUUAUCUACAAAAUUGACAUCACUCUUCUAAUUUACAUUCGCUAUUGUCUUCACUGUCCUAAUUACAUUUUAAGCUUUAUUUCUAUGUUUUUGUAUAUUUAACAAGUUUUAAUAAAACGUAUUAAAACCA